CUCUAAUACUCACUUCGUGAUACCUUCAAUCUCGUGCCAUGUCAGCAUCUCGUCCCUCCGACAUGUCGCAGCAAGUUGCCACUAGGCCAUCUCCGUAUCACACUCACGGACCUCACUUCCGGCGCUCUGUGAAGGAAACGCCCACGCACGCGCUGUACGAGUGCGGGCAUGCGAUUUCCAACAAACUACUUUAAUUUCUGAUAUUUAUGCUCAAGAUUACCGAUAACAAAGCGAACGUUUUGAACUUUAUUCGACUCUCUUUCGACGAUGCUCCCCUGGCUGUUCGUCUCGCCUCGCCCCGACGGGAUCCUGCAGCUCACCUAGAAUGGCUCGUUGCUGGCGUCCAUUGCUAUUUGACCAGCAUUGGGCUAGCCCCAGCUUCCCGAGCUUAACAACAAACGCCAGCUGACGCCAAAAUGCGGUGAAUCGGUGUUGCAGCAAUGGAUAAAGCCAGCAGAGCCUCUUGUGUGUCUGUGGUCAGCCUUUCAGUGUUCCCUCGCCGUCUUCUUUGCCUUACUACUAGGGUUCUUAACGACUGGCUUUACCUUCAUUCGUCGACUCUUGAUAGAUGCUCACUGGCUUACCAUCGUCAACCCAACCGAUGACCCCAUUUGUCACGCCUGGCUGUCUCUUGCAUUCUUUGAACUUCGCCAGUCGAUCCAGCUCCAGUCUCUUCUGCAGUACAAUAUCUCACGUCAAACCUCGCAUAAUUUUUCUCGGUCAACUCUCGACUUGACUCUUCGUUGACGUCCCACUCACCCCUCCAUCUGGUGUACUACCUACUGCUUGUCAACACCACCCUUCCUAGCAGAAAGCACAUGAGCCGCACAAUCACCCAACGACAGUUCGCCGCCAUCGACCCCUCCCUUGUACCAGUUCGAAGCCAUUGGGCCAGCCUGCAUACGAUCCGUGGUCCCGCAUUCGAGCCACGACUGUAGACGUGGUCGGCCUGCUCUCAUUCGAUCUCUCCACAUAGCUUCCUUCGCUUCCCCACGCGACUUCUUCCAUCUCGCUCUUCAGUUUCUCCCUCCAUUUCCAGCUUGAGCCCCGAGAGCUGCUGGUGCUUGCAGCGCAGCAUUCAUACGGCUCCAGCGAAACAGCUGCUCGCCUUCCCAAGCUGGUUCUCGACGGGCAAACCAGACCAUUUUGCAACCCAGUGUCGUUAUCUCCUUACCGCCACGCCGUCAAUCGACUUUAACACGGCUCGUGCCUUUUAGCUAGGUCCGUUUUAACUUCUCUCUGUCAUCCUUAUCCCUACCUCCUCCCCCAUUUCUUGUAUUCUCAUUGUUCAAUCUCACUGUUGCUGGUCUUCUCUCCUACGCACAUACAACCCUAUGAAAGACGUCUGCGGGGUUGGAGGGGGAUCUCACGUUGUUGUCAUGAGUUGACCGUAGAUGAAUAUUGUUUUUCUGGCCAUCUCUUGCACUACGCUCACCCGCUCUAAUUCGGUGUAAACCAAUUCGCCUGAUAUCACAGCUAAGAUGUUUCCCAGAAGUUAUCCCUACAGUGGCAAGUCUAUUUUCAGGAUGGAUCCUGAUUGCGCGAUAUGCCACGCUCCGGCCAACAUGGCAUGCGAGUGUGAGGCUAAGGGCCUCGACGUUGCUGUCAAACAAGCCGAGGAUCGCAUGAUGCGGUCGAUAUACAAUGAAAUACGUUCUUGGGUCCGAGGGCAUGCACAAGACUACAUACUUGAAUACUUCCGCCUCCUAACUGAUCAACGAAAAACUGCCCAUGCUGCGCAUAUGGAUCGAAUUACUGCCCACGCCUAUCACUACUACCACGCACCGCCUCAUCCGACACAAGUUGCUGAAGCGCAAGCGUCCCUCAAACGUGGAAUUGACGAAGACUGGCAAGCGAGCGUACAACGGUAUCCUGAAGUUUUGGAAUAUUUCUUUGGACUUGUUGAACUCACACUACCGGCGGAGGAUGAGCCGGCCGUAAAGGAUCCGCCAUUGGGCUCGUUAUCAAGCUCGCGAAAAGUGAAUCGUCGAAGCGGUACUGCCCCUCCCGGUGCCUCUGCUGUAGUAGCACCUCCAGGAUAUCGUGGUGAUCCAGGCCAGAUGCAUCCACAGGAGCCUCCCAUGCCCCGACCCGAUCGCCGAACUCCCGGCCCUCAAAUGAGACGGCCUAACUUUGGGGCUAUCCCGCCGCCAAUGCCGGGUGCCUAUAAUUUCCCUCCACCAUACUAAGCGACUACAAAUGGCCAAUACGUUAAUUGUGAGCACUUAUCUCCAGGUGCUGAGUAUGCUACAAAAAUCCAUAUUACGAUUUCUACGAACAUCACGACCAUUGCAUAACUAGGGCGUGGAGUAUUACCGGCACAGCAGACCACGGUGGCACCAUUACUGGGGGGGUUUUUGAAGUUUGGGCUGACGAUGCCAUUUGUGUUUGAGUAGAAGCUUUCCCGCCUGGCAUUUUUUUCUUUGGAGUAACUGGGGUUAACAAAGUUUGGCGAUUUUAUCUGUAUCUGAAAUUACAAAUACCACGCCACUGAAGGCAAAAUUAUGAACGACACCACAACUUCAUUUGCCUUUUUGACAUGCAUCACGGCGAACAAAGACAUGUCUUGGUUGGACGUGUGGGAGAUGAUGCGAAAGAGGGGCACGCAUCCGAGGCAGUCAAGGUCAUGGCGAUAGGUCGAAGGGUGUGAGCUAGGUUAUGCAAGCUCAUGCCGGCGUUUUCAACACAUCAUCUGCUGCGGUAAGACGACAGUGCAUACAUAGUUACAUGACCAUGUCUUGGUCAACUGCAUAUACGUAUGCACACAACAGGCAAAACAAGCAGAAAAGAAGGCAGAAAAGUGUAGACCCAAAGAGGCACAGCAGUAUGCCCGACCCCAGGCUCAGCCCAACUAAAACUUUGAUGCAGGUUUGCAUGAGCUCAUCAUGUCUUAGCAAAUCUGUCCAUGAGCGGCAAUAAGCAAUUGAGCCAACCCUAGAGUCAAGAUCUACAGGGAACCCGAUAACCGAGUCUCAUGUCACACAACUUAAAAUGAUAAUAGAUGCAAUGCACCACGAGAUUGAA